AUGGGUAGUCCGAACGGAGUUCGCGUGACAGUGAGAGGAGGAAAUCCGGACGACAUGGAGUCGCGUAAGAAGCCGUCGCUGAAGCGGGGGAAGCCCGUGUUGCAUUCCCCGGAGAAGCCCGUCGUGGUCGUCCACCGCCGCCCCGAGGAGGGACAGGACCAGGCCAGAACCACUCUAGUCUCCGUUUCGUCCAUCGAGGCGUUCAUGGACGAGGCCCUGCAGAGGAUGCAGGGGAUGAGCGUGGAGAGGAGCAGCAGCAGCACGGACGAGUCCUCGGACAGCUUCCACGACGAUGCGCCCACCAGCGACGAGGAGCAUUCCGAGGACCCGCAGCCGCCAGCUGCCUUCAACUUCCUGGAGUUGAAGCAGAAGUGGGCCGAACGGGAGCAGCUGGCCGAGAGGCGGAAGCAGUACGUUCGCGGCGUGAGUCGGCGGGUCAGCUGUGCCCACCGCAAGAACCUUGCCCGGAACCACGAGCAUCUCUUCGACUGCGCUCUCGUCAUCGGACUCGGCUACGACGCCCUCACCCGGAUUUACGAGCCCUACGUGAAGAGCGUCUACCCUCCACACGCCAAGUAUGCUGCAUCAAUCCCUCUGUUCUGCUUUCCCGAUGCCGCCCACUUCGACGAGAGAGAACGCGAUGCGUGUCGGACGUAUACGAUGGUGCUCACUGACGAAAGAGGCGACAGGACGUUUGGUUACUGUCGCCGGGUCAUGCCUGAAGGGCAAGACGCCUGCAUUCCCCUUGCAUAUUGCUUGGUCAGCAAGGUGCGAGCCCAUGGUUUCUACGAGAAGGUCCUCACCUUGUUGGAAAGUCAGCAUGGGUCUUCCGAAGCCGAGAUGACCCAGUUUUUGGCAUCCUUGAGGAUCCAACCCAUCCCCCCACCAGGGAAAGCGAUCCAGGUCCCCUCCCUGCCGAACAAUGGGAGUCUAGUCGAUGGAAUACGGAACAUCAAGAGACCCGUCGACAGUCGCCUGGAGAAUCGGGACCUCUGUUCUCUUGUCCAGAAGAUUGACUUCAACACUUUGAUGAAACUCUUGGGGUCUCUCUUGCUUGAGAGAAAGGUUCUCCUCUGCAGUGCUUCUAUGAGAAAUCUGUCCCAGUGCAUCGAAGGCCUCGUGUCUCUCCUGUAUCCAUUUUCUUGGGAGCACGUACUGAUACCGAUUCUACCGUGGGCAUUGUCAGACAUACUGGAAGCCCCUUCCCCGUAUCUCAUCGGACUCCUGUGUCAGGGCAAUAGACUGCCUCCCCAUCUUGAUGUUGAUGAGGUGCUUGUGGUGGAUGUGGACCACAGCAAGAUCCUCCAGUCCUGUGGAGAUGAAGCCUCAAUCCUCCCAAGAAAGCUGCAGAAGUCAUUGCAGUCAGCCAUGAUGCUCAUCUUGGAACUCACAGACAAGAGUGAUGGUGCACAGAACGUACUGAUCAGCGAAUUCUUCAUCCGCAUGUUUGUGGAACUCUGUGGCCAUUACUCACAUCACGUAUACAUGGGACCCGAUGGAAAGAAUCAUUUUCGGGUGGACACUUUCCUGAGAGCAGUGAAGGACUCUCACAUGCGGGUAUUUUUGUCAUGGUUUGUCGAGACAGCUAUGUUCAACGUCUUCAUUGACAACCGCCUUGUCAUGAGCAACAAAGAAAAGGGUUUGUUUGAACAUCGAAUCCUAGAGCAGCAAGGAGACACAGGGAAUUCCCAAAGUAGCAUUUUACGAAAUGCAAGGCAUCUUGGCAAGAUGGUGAGACAUCUUGGUAAGUCA